UAGCAAACUGGCACGGAUGAGGGAGGCAUGGUGCAUUUUGCACUCCUUUAUAAAGCAGCUCGCCAGUUAGUUUCGCACUUCAGCUGUCAGCGAGAGAUUUCAUUUCAAAUUCCGUUCAAAAUUUCUCUCUCUUCUCUCUCUUUGAGUACUCUAACUGUUUCGUUCUCUCUGGAAAGUUCUCUGAAAAUGGUGGUUUCGCAGAAGGUGAAGGAAGCUGAAAUAACAGAGCAGGACUCGCUGCUUCUCACAAGGAAUCUGCUGAGGAUUGCAAUAUUUAAUAUCAGCUACAUCCGUGGCCUUUUUCCUGAGAAGUAUUUCAGUGAUAAGUCUGUUCCAGCAUUGGAAAUGAAGAUUAAGAAGCUCAUGCCAAUGGAUGCUGAGUCACGCAGACUGCUUGACUGGAUGGAGAAAGGAGUUUACGAUGCAUUGCAGAAGAAAUACCUGAGAACACUAUUGUUCUCAGUAUGUGAAGCUAUAGACGGGCCCAUGAUUGAGGAAUAUGCUUUCUCCUUCAGCUACUCAAGUUCUGAUAGCGAAGAAGUUAUGAUGAAUGUGAAUCGUUCUGGAACAAAGAAGCGAGGGACGUUUAAAUGUAACUCUGAUGCUGAGAUAACCACCAACCAGAUGAGGAAUUCUGCUUGUAAGAUGGUUCGUACCCUGGUUCAACUGAUGAGAACGUUGGAUCAAAUGCCAGAAGAGAGAACUAUAUUGAUGAAGCUCCUUUACUAUGACGAUAUCACGCCCGCUGAUUACGAGCCCCCUUUCUUCAGAGGCUAUAAAGAAGAGGAAGCUCUUAAUCCAUGGACUAAAAGACCUCUCAAAAUGGACGUUGGAAAUGUGAACAGUAAACAUUUUGUACUUGCUCUCAAGGUGAAGAGUGUUCUUGACCCCUGUGAAGAUGAUAAUGAUGAUAAUCAUAGUGAUAAUGUGAGCUUAGCUGCUGACUCUGCCCAGAGAGAUGAUAGCGACAUUGAUAGUGAGUCCAGUCAAUCUGAUGAUGAUGAAUAUGUAGUUGCCCCUAGAGAGAAAGGAGAGAAGGAACAAAAUACUCCUCUGCUUGAUGAAGGAUGUUCAGAUGAUACACAGGACCCAGCAGAGGAUGAGCACCAAAUUGGGCGGGUCAGGGAUUGGAUCAGUGCUCACCACCUUGACAAAGUUGAACUAACUGAUGUUUUCUCCAGUUUUCCUGACAUUUCAGUGGCUUUGAUAGAAGAACUUAUGGCAAAGCUUGUCACGGAAGGCAUUGUGUCAAAGACUGAUACAGAUACUUUUACCAUUAACAAGCAGAAUAAAUUCGACUAUGAGUUUGAUGCCGUGAAAGAAGAAAUGGACUGUCAGUUUGGGCCAAAAGGCAACAGUGCAAAAAAGGGCAGUAAUCAAGAUUACAUGUAUAUGAAGGCUUUAUACCAUGCACUCCCCAUGAACUAUGUAUCUGUUUCAAAGCUUCAGAGUAAACUUGAAGGGCAAGCCAGUCAACCUACAGUUCGCAAAUUAAUAGAUAAGAUGACCCAAGAUGGCUUUAUUGAAGCUAAAAGCAAUCGCAGAUUAGGGAAGCGUGUGAUCCACUCAGAUCUGACUGAAAAGAAGCUUAGUGAAGUAAAGAAAGCUUUAGAAAAGGAUUUUAUGGAAGUGGAAAACCAUGAAUCAGUUAACAACCUUAAGGACUUGUCCACAUGCGGUGGGCUCCACUCAAUUGGGUCAGAUGUCACCAGAACAAAGGGAAGAUCUGAUGCAUACCAGAAUGAGUCCAUUAGGACCGAUCAAACCGCGUCUAAGAGGAAGGAUCUUGGUAGCACUCCUACAAGCAGGGUUGAGCCAGUGGCUUCUAGAGAGAGUUUUGUGCCUGGGCAUGAUGAAAACGGAAGAUCUAAUAACAAAGACUCCAUCAACAACUGUGACGAGUCUGACAAUAUUAUCUGCAGCCGGUCCAGCCAGGGCAAACGUUCUAGGAAAGCAAGCACGGUCAAAGAGCCAAUCCUUCAGUUUAUCAAGCGCCUGAAAUCUCAAGCGGCUUGAUGAGUCGCGCGGACCUUCACAACACUUCUCUCAAGAUUUCUUUCCACAAUUCCACCUGUAGUCCUGUACUGUUUAUAUACUCGCAUAAAAUUUAUGAUGCUCAAUAUUUGCUCAGAUAUUGGCAAGUAUGUAAAUCCCCAACAUAUUGAACUGACAUGCCCUGAACCAUCACUUUUGUUUCCAAUUACUCGAUCUGAACUUUUAUCAACUUAUUACUAGAAGAUCAAAAAUGUGUACUUUUUCCCCCUUGUUUCAAGUGGCAAAAAAUGAACAUUUUUCCUUUCUAAUAGUUAUGAGAAAUGAUACCUUGUUUUUUCACUUUG